AUGGCAGAAAUUGCACUCUCAGGAGCAAUAACUGUAGUUUCCAAGGUGGUACCGUUUCUCUACAAAAUAUGUUCUGGCCGCGACCGUCGUAACAUUGAAGAAGUAAGAAAAUGGUUGAAUACUAUGAUAGCUUACCUGAAGGACACGGAAGGAAGAGAAGAUACAGCAGGUUUGAAGGAUCGAGUUCAACAAGUGCAAGAUAUAGCACAUGAGACUCAAGAUGCAAUUGAAGAGUUCAUGAAUGACCAUCAUGUUCUUGUGAGCAUUAAGAGGCGUGUAGAGGCACUUCUUGAUCGUGUUUUAAGGGGAGAUCAGCCAAGGGAUGUAGUAAUUUCAGUAGUCGGAGACCCGGGUUCAGGUAAAUCCACUGUUAUCCAUGAAGUCUUUGAAAUGGUCAAAAAUAGUUUUGAAUGCAGUGCUUGGGUUUCUAUCCCUUCUUCUUGUGAGGACUUGUUAGAGAAACUUUUUCAGGAACUGGAAUUACCUUUUGACCCAGGAAAAUACAAAAAAAGGAGUUUGCAGUUUCAUUUACAACAAAAAAGAUACAUCCUUGUUUUUGAUGGUAUUUGGUCUGAAGAUCAAUGGAACUGCAUUAACGAGUUACUUCCUUGUAAUAAAAAACAGGGUAGUAAAAUAAUCAUCUCCACUCGUUAUCGCAAUUUAGCUUCUUAUUGUACAAGCUCUCAUGAUUAUAUCUAUGAUCUCAACCUUAAUCCAUUAACAUGGGAAGAGGCGUGGGAGCUCUUCUGUACGAAGGUCUUCCAAGGUGAUAAAUGCCCGGAUCAUUUGGUUGAUUGGUGUGAGAAAAUUGUGAUAAGAUGUGAAAAAUCGCCACAUGCAAUUGUUGCAGUUGCCAAUUUCUUGUCAAAUAAGCCACGUAUUGGGACGGAGUUUAAGAAUGUACUUGAUAGCCUUGAAUGUGAACCAGGACAUCCUGUCUCUCUUUCCCGCUAUAAAAUUUUCUCGCAUAGUUAUUACCAUCUACCGCCCAACCUCAAGUCUUGUUUCUUGCACUUUUGCAAUUUUCCCGAGUUUCACCCUGUUAAAUGUGGAACACUGAUCCACCAAUUGAUAGGUUGCGGGUUCAUUGAGGAAAAAGAAGUUAAAACUCUGGAUCAGGUGGCAUAUGAGAACUUAGUUGAGCUAGUUCAAAUGAGCAUGGUUCAUGUGACCAGGCGAGAUUCUGAAGGACGAAUAAGGAGUUGUUAA